UUUUUUUCUUUUCAAGAGUGAGGGCGAUGAGUGAGAGAUAGUGGGAGACAAGAGAGAAGCGUAAGUAGAGAGAAAUAUCUACAAAGGGAGAUGAGAGAAAUGGAGAGAUGAGUAGAGAGAGAGUUCAUGCCAGAUGCUUUGUAUACUGUUGGUCAACCCAAUGCUUGGUGAGCAAGUCCACCUUUCCAAAUCCCAUCUUGUUAUUCUGAUCUUCAUGACUGUAAAUGGAUAUUUUACUCAGACUCCCUGAGAUUCACAAGGAAUCUCGCUGGGCUAGCAGGGUAUAACAGAAAAACAAUGGAACAUUCAAGAAAAAUGAAGGCAUGAAAGUUUUAUGGCAACGCAGAAACGAUUCAUUUGUAAAUAGAGGUUUUUUACGUCUCCGUAAUAUGACCUCCAGUGUUGUGUUUAUUUGUGUGUGUGUGUUUGCACGCGUGCGACCAAUUAGCUCAGCUGAUUAGCGCUGUGUGUGACGGAACCAGGCACUGUGUUUAUUCAGCAUCAACCUGGCUUUCGCUGCUGUGACGAUCUAUACGCCCGUCCCUAAUGAGUCCAGUUUCUCCUGGAUAAGCAGCACUGUUCCGUUUCUAACAGUAGCCUUUUCUCCCUCUUUCUCUCACUCAGUAAUGCUGCUGGACACCACAGAGUCGACCUCCGAGCUGGGCUGGACCACUUAUCCGGACACGGGGUGGGAUGAGGUCAGUGUUCUGGACGACCGUGGGCGACUCAUCCGCACGUUUGAGGUCUGCAACGUCAACCAGAACCCUCGUGUGCAGGACAACUGGCUGGCCACGCCUUUCCUGCUCCGCUACUCUGCGCCGCGCGUGUUCGUGACGCUGCGUUUCUCCGUGCGGGAUUGCGCAAGCCUGCGCACGCCCUCCCCCUCCUGCAGGGAAACUCUCACGUUGUUCUACAAACAGGCCGACUCCCAGAGAGAGCUGGAGAGGACAUGGGCGGCAGAGCCAUCCAGUGGUGAGAAGGAGACCAGGGAAGGCUGGGUGAAGAUCGACACCAUAGCGGCGGACAAGAGCUUUACCAAGGUGGAGCCCAGUCUGCCGCACCAGUACCAGCCAGACCGCUACCGCCGCGUCAACAUCAAGACCCGCAGCUUCGCCCCGCUCACUCGCAAUGGAUUCGUCCUGGCCGUGGUCGACAGCGGAGCCUGCGUGUCUCUCAUGGGCGUGUCCAUCUUCUACCGACGAUGCCCGCCCACCAAUCGCUACCUGGCGUCCUUCCCGGCCACGCCCUCGGGGGCGGAGCCGACCACCCUGGUUCCCGUGAACGGGAGGUGUGUUCCCCACAGUCAGGCCCAGGGCGCCGCCCCUCGCAUGCACUGCAACGCCGAAGGAGAGUGGAUGGUGCCCGUGGGCGGGUGCAUCUGCGACGGGGGCUACGAGCCAAACUUCAACGGAUCAGCCUGCCUGGCGUGCCCCGUGGGCUUCUUCAAGGCGGUGUUGGGCUCUGUUCCGUGCUCGGCGUGCCCUCCUAACAGCCGAACCAGCCAGGAGGGCUCCCUGCUGUGUGAGUGUCGAAGCGGCUUCUACCGAGCGCCUGCCGACGCCAACUCCAGCGCCUGCACAGGGCCGCCCUCCGCUCCGGUCUCUCUCUCCUGGGAGUACGAGAGCGGUGAUGGCGGCGUGUCUCUCCGCUGGCGCCCCCCUGUGGACAUGGGCGGUCGUGGCGAGGCGUGGUACGGGGUGGUGUGUCGCAUCUGCCCCUCAGCCACCUUCAGCAACCCCGCCUCUUGCUCCUGGUGUGGGGAGGCGGUCACCUUCACCCCCUCCCAGACCCACCUGAGGCAGACUAAAGUCACCCUCAACAACCUGCUGACCAGAGUCACUUACCUCAUACAGGUGCAAGCGUUUAACGACGUCUCGUCGCUGAGCCCCUUCCCUCCUCGCUACGGAAGCAUCAACUUCACCACCAGCCAAUCAGUGCCCUCGCAGGUCCCCAUGCUGCACCAGAUGAGCCGUGCCCCAGAGUCCAUCACUCUGUCCUGGCCCCAACCUGACAGACCUAACGGUGACAUCCUGGAGUACCAGCUCAGAUACUUUGACAAGGGUUCAGAUGAGGACAGUGCAGUGAGUGUGUACAGUGAGACUAACACUGUGACCGUCAACUCUCUGGCUCCCGGCUCCAUCUACGCCUUCCAGAUCCGAGCACGCAAUGAGAGAGGCUACGGCCCCUACAGCCACACCAUCUAUUUCACUACCCUGGCCCUGGAAGAGCAUUCCAAGCAAAUCCAGAAUCGGCUUCCUCUAUUGGUCGGCUCGGUUAUGGGCGGGGCAGCCUUCCUUCUGGUUGUUGCUGCGAUUAUUGUUGUUUUUGUGUUUCGCAGUAAGAGAAGAGAGAGCCCCUACAGCGACAGACUCCAAAGAUACAUCAGCAACAGAGGUGGGGUGAAGUAUUACGUGGACCCCUCUACGUAUGAGGACCCCAGUGAGGCGGUAAAGGAGUUUGCCCGUGAGAUUGACCCAGCUCACCUCAAGAUCGAGGAGGUGAUUGGUGCAGCCCAGUUUGGGGAGGUGUCUCGGGGCAGGUACCGCCCUCUGGGCCGGCGGGAGCUGCUGGUGGCUGUGAAGACGCUGCGCUGGGGGGUGACUGACCGGGAGAAGGGGGUGUUCCUGAGCGAGGCGGGGGUCCUGGGCCAGUUUGACCACCCCAACGUGCUGAAGCUGGAGGGGGUGGCCACCCACAGCCCUCCAGAGAGGAUCAUCACAGAGUUCAUGGAGAACGGACCCCUGGAUGCUUUCCUCAGGGAGAAUGAGGACCAGUUCAGCGUGCUGCAGCUGGUGGGCAUGGUGCGGGGCGUGGGCGCAGGCAUGCGCUACCUCUCAGAGAAAAACUUUGUUCACCGCGACCUGGCGGCCAGGAACGUCCUGGUGAACUCGAACCUGGUGUGUAAGGUGUCCGACUUCGGGCUGUCGCGCCUCAUGAGGGGCCUGGACCACAACAUGCCCACCUACACUGCCUCACUGGGCAGUAAGAUUCCUGUGAGGUGGACUGCUCCCGAGGCCUUCCAGCAUCGCAAGUUCAGCUCGGCUAGUGAUGUCUGGAGCUUCGGCAUACUGAUGUGGGAAGUGAUGUCAUACGGAGAGCGGCCGUAUUGGGACAUGAGCAACCAGGAAGUGAUGAAGGCAGUAGCAGACCAGUACCGUCUUCCUGCCCCCCAUAACUGCCCCCCAGCUCUCCACUCCCUGAUGCUGCAGUGCUGGCAGGCUGAGAGGGCCGAACGGCCAGCCUUCGACUCUCUCCUCUCCUCUCUGGACAGGCUCAUCCGCCACCCCGCCUCCCUCAAGGCCGAGCCCACCCGAAGCACCUCCCAGCCCCUCCUUAGCCCCACCCCCACUGAUCUGUCGUCGGUGGCGACAGUCAGCGAGUGGCUGAGCGCCCUGAGGAUGGACAGGUACAGGGAGGAGUUUGAGAGAGCUCACCUGGACACUCUGGACAGAGUCAGCCUGAUCACCAUGGAGGAUGUCCAGGGUUUGGGAGUGAACCUUCUGGGCCACCAGAGGAAGAUCGUCAGUGCAGCACAGCAGCUUAGGACCCACCUCACCCAGGGCCAGGUGGAAGUGUGAGGGGGGGGGGGGGGGUCAACUGACCCAGGGCAAGGUGGGAGGGGGGCAACAAGGUUUAACCACACCUGGGCUCUGCAUCCAACAUCAGUGAUUCAUUUCUAUGGAAACAGCACAUUCGGUGAAGAGUUCAGGGAGGAACAAUGGAUUUGAUCAGCGCUGGAGGUGAUGAAAACAGUCGCUUCAUUUCUGAAUCCACUUUGGUCACCUGAUGGGAAUACAGACAACAAAGAGGUGCAUUGUGGGAGUUGUAGUCUACUGCAACGAGAGGUUAAGAAGAAGCUUCAUAGUAGGACAAUAUGAAGGAGAAAAAAAGUAUUGUUUUGUAAACAUGUUUUAUUUCACUUGUUUGCUGUUGUUUGCCUUGUUCUCUUCCCCCCAGUGUAUACACCUCCAUCUUGCGUCCUCUGUCUCACGUCCUGGUUAUCGCACAGCUUGACCUCGUUCCCCUAUCCACUCCUAAAUCUCACCACUGACCUUGAUGAAAGAAAUGGAAAACGGUGAACCUUUUUUUUUCUUUUUUUCUUCUCAAAAACAGGGUUCUCAAUUUUUAGAGACAAUCAAAGACUGCUUCUACUGUUGAUAUCAUGAACAUUUGGUGGAUUAUUUGUUGCAUCAUCACGCUGUUUGUACUGAAAUCAGCCAGUGGUCAUUUGUCAUGUACAGAAACACUAGUCAUAUUGUGACUGUUGGUCACUCCUGUCACACUUGUCUAGGUGACUUCCAGUUGGGUUCUAGUUGGGCAGGGGUCGGGGGUGCAGUUUUCAUGUUAUAGCGGAGGAAAUAAAAUGUAAAAACCUGGAAAUAAAAUGAUGGUCAAAACAGGGUUUAAGAAUGAAGGGUUGAUGGUUAGCAUGUUAGCAUGCUUCUUGUAGAGGUUUACAGAGAUUGAAGGCUGGAGGGACUGUGUCCCUGAGGUCUCAUGGAGUAGCUCUGUUUGCUGCUGCUCUGCUGCAGAAUAUCUCACUCUGCCUCACCCUGUCCCACCCUGCCUCACCCUGCCUCACCCUGUCC